AUGGCGUCCAGAAGAAGAUCGGCGGCGCCAGUUUUCAGUUUUUCAAAUGCUCCCGCUGAUGCAAAAAGUUCGAAAAGUGGCAGUAAUGCUAAUUCAGCCAACAACAGUGGGAAUGGGAAGAAAACUGUUAAACCCAGUGGGACUAUUGUCAAGUCACGAUAUCUUCAAACUGCUGAGAAGACGUCUCUUUCAAAGAGUAAUUCACUGACAGAUUCGGUUGCUGUGCCUCAGCGGCCUUCCUCUCCUAAAACAACUUUUCCUAAACCAAAGGUGGGCACCCCACCUCGACGCUCACUGGCACCGCAGGCUCUUACAGAAUCCAUGAUGUCACAAGUAACUGAUCCAUCACUUGGAAGAAGUGUUCUGCAGUCCACAUUCUCAGACGGACACUGCUUUCGUCCAGAUUUUGAUAUUUCACUAAUUAAAGAUAAAACCGUGAUUGAGAAUGUAACAGAGUCUGAAAGAAACCCAGAGAACGAGAAGUUUGUGGAGAUGCAAACGUUUCUACUAGCCUACCUCACAGCUAAGAUGGAGAGCAAUACUGCAAAAUUCAAGGCUGAGGCAGAGGAAAGAAUCCUUCAAGAGAUGAAGGAAGAAGAUGUGCUCCGUAAUGAGGUCAAGAAAAAGAAGCAGCAAUAUCUUCUUGCUGUGAAGCAAAGGCAGCUGAACGAGCUGUUGGACAUGCAGAUUGAGAUACUGACUCCUGUGGCAGAGGCAGCCCGACAGUUCACAGAGGACUAUAAGUGUUUCGCUGCAGCUGUUGACACCACUUCUCAUGAGCUGCCUGUCAAGAAUUUCUACAUCGGUGGAGAUGGGAAAGAAUUUUUAGGUAAAGCUGAGGCUUGCCUGAAGGAAACUGAGAAGUUGUUGCUAGAGUGCACACAGGGAGACCACGAGGAGAACAGCACAUCUUUGGACUGCCUCAGAGAUAUAAAAACAACAUCUAAAAAUGUCAGUCAGCAGCUGUCGGGAACCUUUUCUGAGCUGUUGGCGCUGUCGUCACUGGUCUGCCACCAUUCAGUCCAUGUUCAACAGGUCAUGGAAGAAGAACAGAUCGGUAUUUCAAGAACCCGUGAGCUCUUCUGCCCUAAAGAGUGA